CUCUCUCACAAAAGAGGCGUGUCCGUCUUGAGUAAUCCAACACCUGCCCCAUUCAGGCGUGUUACUGUAACUGGCUAAACAGCCUGGACCUGUGAGAGCAGACAGAGAGCAUUUUCCCUCUCUGAUUUAAUUCACACUUAAAAGCUCAUGUACCUAGUACAGAGGAAAGAGGGACAAAAAAACACAAAAGCUUCUCUGGAGAUCCGUAUCCAUGCUGAUCCGUAGCAGGUGAAAGCGGUACCUCUUUUUGUCAUCUGUGUCGGAUAUGUCCGUGGAGGAUGUCAACAGUACCGGAGUUGUGGUGGAUGGUAAACCGAACCCUUGUGAAACUCAGAGCCAGGAUGGUAUUGUUUUGGUCCAGAUGGCUAGUCUCUCCAUGCAUAUGUUCGCUCCAGCAGACUUUAAAGGGAAGUUCAGGAAGAUCCAGCCGAGAAAAAGACCCACCAUCAUCAAAGAAGCAUCCCCCGUAGGAAAGCGCCCCCUCCCCCAAGUGAGCAGCGCUCCGGGUGAGAGGAAAGGUCCUGUUGCCACCAUGCCGGUCACCGUGGACCCCGAGAGCAAACCGGGCGAGUAUGUCCUCAAAAGUCUGUUCGCCAACUUCACCACCCUGUCUGAACGCAAAAUACGCAUCAUCAUGGCAGAACCACUGGAAAAGCCUCUCACCAAAUCUCUACAAAGAGGAGAAGACCCGCAAUUUGAUCAGCUGAUCAGCACUAUGAGCUCUCUGGCUGAGUAUUGUCUUCCCUCCAUCCUGCGGACACUGUUUGACUGGUAUAAGAGACAGAACGGUUUGGAAGAUGAGUCCCAUGAGUACCGGCCACGUGCAAACACAAAGUCCAAAAAUGAUGAACAGCAAAAAGAUUAUCUGAUGGAAAGGAGGGACUUGGCAAUAGAUUUCAUGUUCUCACUUGUGCUUAUUGAGGUUUUAAAACAGAUCCCUCUCCAUCCUCUUCUGGAUGGCCUCAUUCAGGAAGUCAUUAACCUGGCAUUCAAACAUUUCAAGUACAAAGAGGGGUACCUUGGGCCCAACACGACCAACAUGCACAUAGUGGCUGAUCUGUAUGCAGAGGUUGUCGGUGUCGUGGCCCAGUCCAGGUUUCCUGCAGUGAGGAAGAAGUUUAUCUCAGAGUUGAAGGAGCUCAGGCAGAAAGAGCAGAGCCCAUAUGUGGUCAAAAGUACUAUCAGCCUCAUUAUGGGGGUCAAGUUCUUCCGCAUUAAGAUGUACCCAGUGGAAGAUUUCGAAGCGUCUUUCCAGUUUAUGCAGGAGUGUGCUCAGUAUUUCUUGGAGGUGAAAGAUAAGGACAUUAAACAUUCUCUGGCUGGACUCUUUGUGGAGAUUCUCGUCCCUGUAGCCGCAACGGUGAAGAAUGAGGUGAACGUGCCUUGUUUGAGGAAUUUUGUGGAAACCCUCUACGACACAACUUUAGACCUGUCAUCCAGGAAGAAACACUCUCUGGCUCUGUAUCCGUUGGUAACGUGUCUUCUGUGUGUGAGCCAGAAGCAAAUCUUUCUAAACAGAUGGCACGUCUUCCUCAACAACUGCUUGUCCAACCUGAAAAACAAAGACCACAAAAUGGCCCGGGUGGCACUUGAAUCUCUCUAUCGGCUGCUGUGGGUCUACAUGAUCCGAAUCAAAUGUGAAAGCAACACUGCAACACAAAGCCGCCUCACCUCAAUCAUAUCAACACUGUUCCCUAAGGGUUCACGGAGUGUUGUUCCCAGAGACAUGCCACUCAAUAUCUUUGUCAAGAUAAUUCAGUUCAUUGCCCAGGAAAGACUGGAUUUUGCUAUGAAAGAAAUAAUAUGUGAUCUGCUGAGUGUUGGAAAAUCAGCCAAAGCUUUCAGUUUAAACCCAGAGAGAAUGAACAUCGCUCUGAGAGCGUUCCUCGUCAUAGCCGAUAACCUGCAGCAGAAAGAUGGUGAACCACCCAUGCCAAACACAGGGGCUACUUUGCCUUCUGGGAACACACUGAAGAAGAAAAAAACCUACCUCAGCAAAACUCUAACUGAGGAGGAAGCAAAACUUAUAGGUAUGGCACUGUAUUACUCCCAGGUCAGGAAAGCCAUUGAUAACAUCCUGAGGCACUUGGAUAAGGAGGUGGGCCGCUGCAUGAUGCUCACCAAUGCCCAGAUGCUCAACAAGGAACCCGAAGACAUGAUCACGGGUGAGAGAAAACCGAAGAUUGACUUGUUCCGGACGUGUGUUGCGGCCAUUCCCCGUAUCCUGCCAGAUGGCCUGUCAAAAAUUGAGCUCAUCGAUCUCUUGGCCAGGCUAACGGUCCACAUGGAUGAUGAACUCAGACUCAUUGCCCAGAAUUCACUGCAGAGUCUGCUGCUGGACUUCUCCGAUUGGCGAGAGGAUGUGCUGUUCGGGUACACUAACUUCCUGCUGCGUGAGGUGCAGGACACGCAGCAGGGCUUGCAGGACUCUUCCGUUAAACUGCUGCUGCAUUUCCUGACACAGUGGAGGCUGGCGAUACAGGCGCCUGGAAAACGCUCGGCGGAGAUGGGAUCUCAGAGCAGCGGGAGCUCCAGACUGCCACCCGAGCGCAGUCCUCACUCCACGGUGCUGCACGCUGUGGAGGGUCUAGCCCUGCUGCUGCUGUGCUCCUGCCAGACCAGCACUCGCAAACUGGCUGUGUCUGUCCUCCGAGAGAUACGCUGCCUGUUUACAGCCAUCGGACAAGCCGAGGAUGAUGAUAAGUCUAUGAUCGACGUUAUGGACCAACUGGCCCCCAGCGUGCUGGAUAGUUUCGUCCAUGUGGCUGUCUCUGACUCUGCCACACUGCCCAUGAGUCAUCACGUGGACCUGCAGUGGCUGGUAGAGUGGAACGCCCGCCUGGUUAACAGCCACUAUGAUGUAAAGAGUCCCUCUCAUGUGUGGAUCUUCGCCCAGUCGGUGAAGGAUCCCUGGGUGCUCUGCCUCUAUAGCUUCCUUAGGCCAGAGCACCUCCCCAAACACUGCUCGACGGCGCUCAGCUAUGCCUGGCCCUAUGCCUUUACACGCCUACAGCUGCUUAUGCCACUUGUUGACCCAAACAGUCCCGUUUACGCCAAAAAGACCAGCACGCCAGGCCCGGCUGAUGGCUAUGUGACGCUGUGGAGGAAUUACCUGAUAUUGUGCCUCGGUGUUGCCAAACCCAGCAUCAUGAGUCCGGGUCACCUGAGAGCCUCCACACCUGAGAUCAUGGCUACCACACCUGAUGGCAGUGUUACGUAUGAUAACAAGGUGAUAGGCACACCAUCAGUGGCAUGGCUCCUGAAACAGCUGGUUCCCCUCAUGAGAUCGGAGAGUUUAGAGAUCACAGAGUCUCUGGUCCUCGGCUUUGGGCGAACAAAUUCCCUUGUGUUCAGGGAGCUGGUGGAAGAACUCCAUCCUCUAAUGAAAGAAGCUCUGGAGAGGAGGCCUGAGAAUAAGAAGCGGAGAGAGCGGAGAGAUCUGCUCCGGCUGCAGCUGCUGCGUAUCUUUGAGCUUCUUGCUGACUCAGGGGUCAUCAGUGACAGUACUAAUGGGGCGUUGGAGCGAGAUUCCCUGGCUCUAGGAGCUCUUUUCCUGGAGUAUGUUGAUCUGACCCGGAUGCUCUUAGAAGCAGAGAAUGACAAAGAGCUGGAUAUUUUGAAAGACAUGAGAGCUCAUUUCAGUGGAAUGGUGGCCAACCUCAUCCAGUGUGUUCCAAUCCACAACAGGCGGUUAUUGUUCCCCCAGCAGAGCUUGAGGCAUCACCUCUUCAUUCUCUUCAGCCAGUGGGCCGGACCCUUCAGUGUCAUGUUCACACCUCUGGACCGCUACAGUGACCGUAACCACCAGAUCACACGCUACCAGUAUUGCGCUUUGAAGGCUAUGUCAGCGGUAUUGUGUUGUGGCCCUGUGUUCGAUAACGUGGGCCUUUCUACAGACGGAUACCUCUACAAGUGGCUGGACAAUAUCUUAGCCUGCCAUGAUCUCCGGGUGCACCGGCUUGGCUGUGAGGUUGUCAUCUUGCUCCUGGAACUAAACCCAGAUCAGGUGAAUCUGUUUAACUGGGCUGUAGAUCGUUGCUUCACUGGAUCAUACCAGCUCGCUUCAGGAUGCUUCAAAGCUAUUGCUACUGUGUGUGGUAGCAGGAAUUAUCCAUGUGACAUUGUGACCCUUUUGAAUCUGGUGCUGUUUAAGUCAUCUGACACGAGCAGAGAGAUUUACGAGAUAUCCAUGCAGCUCAUGCAGGUUCUGGAGUCCAAGUUGUCUGUUUACUCAAAGAGGAUUGUGGGGCAGAAAACAGGAAAUAUCCUGUACGGCACACAUGGUCCUUUACCGCCGCUAUACAGCGUCUCUCUCUUCCAGCUCUCAAACCAGCUGGCCUGCAUGUAUCCUGAACUCACCCUGCCUCUCUUCUCAGAGGUCAGCCAAAGGUUCCCUACCACUCACCCUAACGGCAGACAGAUUAUGCUGACCUACCUGCUGCCGUGGCUGAACAACAUAGAGCUGGUGGACACAGGACUGCUUCCCCCCACCUCCAGCCCAUGCACCCCGGAGGAAGAGGCCCGUGAGCAGGCCGACAACCUGGGAAUCACCCACAGGCUUAAGGGCAACGGCUGGGGCUCUCUGCAGGCUACCUCACUGGUCCUAAACAAUCUCAUGUUCAUGACAGCAAAGUAUGGAGACGAAGUCCCAGGUCCUGAGAUGGAGAACGCCUGGAAUGCUCUUGUGGCCAAUGACAAGUGGAGUAACAACUUGAGAAUAACGCUGCAGUUCCUCAUAAGCUUGUGCGGAGUCAGCAGUGACACCACACUGCUGCCAUAUAUUAAGAAAGUGGUGAUAUAUCUGUGUCGGAAUAACACCAUUCAGACCAUGGAGGAGCUGCUCUUUGAGCUUCAACAGACAGACCCGGUAAACCCAGUGGUUCUACACUGUGACAACCCACCAUUCUACCGCUUUGCUGCCAGCAACAAGACUUCCGUUGUGGCCUCAGGCACAACGUCUAGCAGUAAUACAGUAGUGGCCGGGCAAGAAAAUUUCCAGGAGACAGAUGAGGCAAAGAUCGUCAGAGAGAACGAAGAGAGGUUGAGUAAUGCAGCCCGGGCUCAUAACCGUCUGGAAUCACGUUACAGCAACAGCUCGGGAGGUUCUUACGAUGAGGAGAAGAAUGACCCUCUGCCUCCAUAUGCCGCCUGGCUGAUCAGUGUAUUAGAGAGUAACAGACCUCAGCCUCUUCCCAUGCCCGUAAACGGAGGCUGUUGGGCUCCACUCGUGGACUACCUGCCCGAGACCAUCACCCCACGGGGACCCCUUCACAGGUGCAAUAUAGCUGUGAUCUUCAUGACGGAGAUGGUGGUGGACCACAGCGUGAGAGAAGACUGGGCCCUACACUUGCCGCUGCUUCUUCAUGCUCUCUUCCUAGGUUUGGAUCAUUACAGGCCGGAGGUGUUUGAGCACAGCAAGAGGUUACUCCUGCAUCUCCUCAUCGCCCUCUCCUGCAACAACAAUUUCCAGGUCAUCGCCUCUGUCCUGUUACUAACCAGAGAGAUCGGUGACAACAAGACCCUCACUGUUAAAUCCAGCUACCAGCCUGAAUACCCCUACUCAGGGGGGUUCGACUUCCUGCGAGAGUGGCAAGCGUCACCAGUGGCGGAUUCUGGUCUAAGCUCGUCCUCCACCUCCUCCAGUGUGAGCCUUGGAGGAAGCAUUGGAAACCUGCCACAAAUUACAGCUGACCUGGAGGAGCUGGACGAGUCGUCCACAGAAUCAGAUGAGAAAACCAACAAGCUCAUUGAGUUCCUCACCACCAGUGCAUGGAGUACUGUCCUGUCCUUACUCAGGGCUUUCGGACCGCUUUGGUGCCACGAAGACAUCACGCCGAAGAACCCCAACUCUAAGAGCGUAGAGCAUCUCACCAACUUCCUGCGGCAUGUGGUCUCUGUGUUCAAGGAGUCCAAAUCAGAUUUCCAUCUAGAGCAUCAGCUGAGCGACGUUGCUUUGCAGACGGCCCUCUGCAGCUCCUCUCGCCAUUAUGCUGGACGCUCGUUCCAGAUCUUCCGAGCCCUGAGACAGCCCCUUUCUGCCCACGCUGUGUCCGACCUGCUCUCACGCCUCGUGGAGGUUGUGGGGGAGCACGGGGAUGAAGUUCAGGGUUACGUCAUGGAGAUUUUACUUACUCUGGAAUCUGUUGUGGAUAAUUUAGCUGAAUGUCUGAACAACAGUGAACUUAUGGCAGCUUUGACAAGAGAUUCAUCGCCAGACUUCCUGGUGAGCGGGAAACUUAACCCAAACCGUAAGAGCACAGGGCAGCUGAACCUGCACCAAGAGGGUGGGACUAAUGAGCGGAACAGGCACCAGCGCAGUUACUCUGUCCCUAAAAAGUUUGGCGAAAGCGGGGAAAACUCGUCCUCCAACCCUCCUCGCAGUGCCACAUUAGACCGCAUCCAAGCCUGUACCCAACAGGGUCUCGCUCGAUCGGCCCGCAGCACGUCCUCCAACUCCACCCGCGCUGACACAAGUGUUAUCACCGACCCGUCCCACUCCAGUCACCCAGCCAACCUGCUCGCCACCAUCUUUUGGGUGGCAGUGUCGCUCAUGGAGUCGGACUUUGAAUUCGAGUAUCAGAUGUCAUUGAGGCUGGUUCACAAACUGCUGGCGCGGGUUCCGUUGGAUCUACAGGAGAACAGGGAGAGACUAGAGAAACUCCAGGCUCAGCUGAGGUGGAGUGGCUUUUCCGGGUUGCAGCAGCUGCUCCUAAAGGGAUUCACUUCCCCAGCUACAAAUGAUCUUACGCUUCAGUUGUUCUGUCAGCUUACACCUGUUUCACGAGUGCCAGUGGUGGACACAUCACAGGCUAUAGGUUUUCCUUUGAAUGUGCUUUGUCUGCUGCCUCACUUGGUGCAACACUUCGGUAGCCCUACACAGUUUUGUAAAGAAAGUGCUGAGAGGAUCGCACAGGUGUGUCUAGAGGAGAAAGACAAGAACACUAAACUAUCUCACCUGGCUCAUGUAAUGACCCUAUAUAAGACUCGUUCCUACACCAGAGACCCCUUCUCGUGGGUUAAUGUGGUCUGUCGCUACCUGCACGAGGCUUUCUCUGACAUCACGCUUAGUCUGGUGACAUACAUGGCUGAGUUGCUAGAUAAAGGAUUACCCAGCAUGCAACAGCCCCUGCUGCAGAUCAUCUACAGUCUGCUUAGCCACAUGGAUUUGGCAGGAAUUCAGGUCAAACCUUUCAAUGUAGAGGUGUUAAAGACCAUUGAGAAAUUUGUACAGACGGUUCACUGGAAAGAAGCUCUGAACAUUUUGAAGCUGGUCGUUUCACGCUCAGCCAGCCUAUCCCUGCCGUCCUACGCCCAUGGCGAUCUAGCCCACCUGGAGGUUAGCCGUAUGAUGUGGGAUGGCUCAUCUAAAGCCUUGCCAGGAAAGACACUGGAAUUCCAUUUUGACAUAUCCGAGACACCGGUCAUUGGCCGCAGAUAUGAUGACCUGCAGGGAUCUGGAGGGAGAGAUGGGAAAGCUCGUGUGAUAGCAGUGACCCGUAGCACGUCCUCUACCUCUUCAGGGUCCAACUCAAAUACCGUCCUGGUGCCAGUCAGCUGGAAACGGCCACAAUCAUCACAGAAGCGAACGAGAGAGAAGCUGGUGAAUGUUCUGUCACUUUGUGGACAGGAAGUUGGCCUCACCAAGAACCCGUCUGUGAUCUUCUCAUCUUGUGGUGAUCUGGACCUCAUGGAGCAUCAGCCCAGUCAGGUGUCCUCUGAGGAUGGGACCCGGGAGGACACCCUGGAUGAUACCACAUCAGAGCAGCAGUUUAGAGUCUUCAGAGACUUUGACUUCCUGGACGUAGAGCUGGAAGAUGGAGAGGGUGAGAGUAUGGAUAACUUUAACUGGGGAGUGCGCCGACGCUCUCUGGACAGCACAGACCUGACUGAGCUCCUGGAGGAGAGCCAGCACUCCGACAUCACCCCCUGCAUCGGCCUACACGACCCCCAGCAAGACUCUGAUGACUCCUCAGAGGAAGAGUCCAAUUCCACCAGCCAAAGCCUAUCCCACUCUCAACUAACCAUGAACCUCUCCCCCUCAGAGGACACCAAUCAUACAGACUCUCUGUCCACUUCCUAUGACACCACAUCAGCUGACCCAAAUUCCCUUAAUGCUGCAACACCCUGCUUGGGAACAUCGCUACCAGAUGACCACAUCAUGCCACCUGUUUUACCAGAAGACGAGGAGUCAAAUGUCCAAGAGGACGACCUGCCAUUCAAUGUGAAUGAGCUGCCAAUGAGGUUUGACUGCGGCUCUAGCACUAAUCUGGACCUUCCUGCAGAACAAAACCGAGCUGGAAUAAACCAGAACCCAAACUCCCUGCCCAGCUACCAUUUUGGGGAGGACCGAGAUGAUCUGGAUGAGCUGGGCUUUCCUCCUCCACCCUCCCCAUUUUUCUCUGCCAUCUUGGCAGCAUUUCAGCCCACGGUGUGUGACGAUGCUGAAGAAGCCUGGCGGAGUCACAUUAACCAGCUGAUGUGUGAUACAGAUGGGUCUUGCGCCGUCUACACCUUCCACAUUUUCUCUGCAAUGUUUCAGAACAUCCAAAAUAAGUUCUGCUCCCUGACCAAUGAUGCUGCUAGUUACCUUGGAGACAGCCUGAGGGGAAUUGGGUCAAAAUUUGUGCGGUCAUCGGAGAUGUUGGCCUUAUGCUCAGACUGUCCCACACUGUAUGUGGACGCAGAAACGAUUGUUUCAUAUGGUCUUCUAGAAAAGAUGAAGUUCAGUGUUCUUGAGCUUCAGGAGUAUCUGGACACAUAUAACACCCGGGAGGAAGCCGCUGUCUCAUGGUUGCAGAACUGUAAGGCCACAUUUCCGAGGUAUCCUGAUGAUGGUGUGAUCACCUGUCAGCCUGGAGACUCUGAGGAGAAGCAAAUGGAAACUCUGGCUCAAUUGGAGUUGUGUCAGCGACUGUACAAACUUCACUUCCAGCUCCUUCUGCUGUUUCAGUCCUAUUGUAAACUCAUAGGACAAGUGAACACCAUCAGCUCUGUGCCAGAGCUGUGGAACAUGUCUCGGGAAUUGAGCGAUCUGAAAAAUUGCCUGCGGCUAGCUGAAGCCUCAUUAGCUGGUGAUCUAGAGGACCGGCAAAGGCACGGCUCCCAGCCCAUCUUCCCCAGCUCUGAGGCAGCUGUACAGGCCAUCCUGGAGUGCUUGAAUAACAACGAGUUCUCUAUGGCCAUCCGCUACACUCAAGAGUGCAGACGAAUGUGGCCAAAUGACAUUUUUGGGGGCGGCUCAGAGGACGAGAUCCAGACUCUCCUCAACGUCUACUUCCGGCACCAGACUCUGGGCCAGACUGGCACCUUCGCACUGGUUGGCUCAAACAAGGACAUGUCCGAGGUCUGCACAAAGAUCAUGGAGCUCAACGGAGAGAUCCGGGACAUGAUCCGCCGCGCUCAGGGGUACCAGGUGAUCUCAUCCAGCCUCCUAGACUCCAGCGUGUCCGGCGUGAGUCUCUGACAGGAAGCCUGCGGCACCCCAGACCAUCCCUGGCCUGGACCCCCCGACCACUGGAUCCCUCCAUAGUCACCCAACCUCUCCUGCGCCAGCCCUCAUCCCGCGAUCCUCCACUCCUGCCACCCGCUCCAGGCCAGAUCCAGUGUGACGUUUGGGAGUGCUGCCGCCCUUUUGAGGGUGUAACUCAUAAACUUGUGCCCUUCUUAGGGAAACUUGCACGAGCAUCCUUGACUGUACUAAAUAGGAAGGGGCUCCUGAGAGUGAGUGUGUCCUCAGGUCCUCAAAUGUGCAGCAAUAACGGAGAAACGGAGCUGCUCUUGCGAGAUUCCUUAGAUUGAGUCACUCAAACGCAUCUUUUAAUUAUUGCACUAUGUUGACGUUUCGUGUCGUAAAUCAUGAGGAGAAAAAAAAUCCUGUUUGCUACUGAGAAAUGCUGCAUUUUUGGAAAGGAAGCACCCGAGUGAGAACUUCUGCUUGGUUUGUUUGUUAACAUGGGGAAUGUGCAAUGAUGGAUCAUUGAAACGGAUGCCUUUCUACUGUAACUGUUCAAGAAUGUCUUUAAAAGCGAACAGGACAUGCCGCACAACUGAAGGAAGGACAAAGGAUACUAUGUGUACGUCUUCGGUCUUUAUCACAAUACUUGUAGCUGUUUAAAGCGGAGAGGUUGUGUCUUUGUGAACCUGUCCAUCACUUGCGUACCGCUAAAUAUCAGCCUCCGCACCUGCACAGACACACGCAAACAGGCUGACAUUCAGCGAUUUGUUCGUACAACUAAGCUACUGCUGAAGCUGAUUCUACUUCAAGUGCUGAUACAAGAUUGUUUGGCUGUUUUUCAAUCGACAUCCUGCGCUCUGCCAUACACAGGCUCACCUUUAGACUAAAUUUGUAUUUAAGAAAUCAGUGUGUUGAACAUAGUUUUUGAAAUUGUUCUUUGUCGAUUCAAGUUGCCAAGCAUGCAUCAUUGUAUUUACUUUUGAGUUGUAUUUAUUGAAAGUUGUAUUUUAUUAAAAUGUUAUUUGUAUAAAGUGGAAAAGGGAGGCAUCACAUGGAGAUUAGUCUUUGUCACUAGUGCAUGCCUAGACAGAUUGCACAUUGUAAAGUAUCUGAGAUUUUUUUUCUCCCCCCCCCCCCCUUCCACUAUGUAAAUACUUAAAGCUUUUGUGAAAUAAAUUGUGCUUUCUUCAUGUU